AUGCCAAAUUUCGCCUCCUGGGCGCCCAGGCAGGCUGGUAGCACCACAGACACAAACUUGGAAGCUGGGCGUCUCUGCGUUGGCGGGCACAGCUGUGGCGCUCAGGUGGCACAAAGCACCAUCGACCGGCCAGUAGAGGGCGUAACUACAGCAGUCCCCGCUCGAGAGAUGGUGCCCUGGUGUGUUUUACCGCUGCGCCAUCUGAACCCUGAAAAGAAGCGAUUAGCAGUUGAACACUUGGCGGAAAAGGUGACGUCAGUGUUCCGGGUUCUGACGGUGAGGAACGUCUGGUUCUCCUCUCUCCUCACAGAUGAGGUGGUGGUGGGUUUGGAGGACGCCGGGUGGACGGCACCCAUGGACUGUUUACGUGCCAGCGAGAUGUGUAACCACAACGCCCAGUGCAGCUCGCGGUUCCGGAUCAUGCGCCAGUGCCUGGUGGGUCGGGACCGCGGUGCCAUGCUGGAGAAUAAAGAGUGCCAGGUGGCGCUGGAGGUCCUGCAGGAGAGCCCGCUGCACCACUGCCACUGUAAGAGGGGCAUGAAGAAGGAGCUGCAGUGUCUGCAGAGCUACUGGACCAUCCACAUGAGCCUCAACGAGGGAGAGGAGCUGUACGAGACGUCGCCCUACGAGCCCGUCCACUUCUCCGACCAGUUCCGCCUGGCGUCCAUAAUAUCAGCGAUGGACUCGGCCUCCUCUAAAGGCACCGUGUGUCCCGAUGCCACGCCCGACUCGGUGACCUCCUGUAAUCCCUGCCUGGACGCCGCCAAGGCGUGUAACCUGAACGCGGCGUGUAAGCGCCAGCGCUCGGCCUACGUGGCGGCCUGCAGCCGACCGGCGCCCCUCGCUCCCGAACCCUGCGGGCGUAAGCGCUGCCACCGGGCGCUGCGCCAGUUCUUCGAGCGCGUGCAGACGGAGCUGAGCUACCCGCUGCUCUUCUGCUCCUGCAGGGAUAAGGCCUGCGCCGAGCGCCGCCGCCAGACCAUCGUACCCGCCUGCUCCUUCGAGGAAAAGCUCAAACCCAACUGCCUGGAGCUGAGGAGGACCUGCCGCUCAGACCCGCUCUGCAGAUCCAGACUGGCGGAUUUUCACAUGAACUGUCAGACGUCUCGACACUCCAUCACCAGCUGCCCAAACGACAAUUACCACGGCUGCCUCGUCUCCUACGUGGGGCUGAUCGGUUCUGACGUGACGCCGAAUUACCUGGAUGCCAACCAUGCCAACAUCACCAUCUCACCGUGGUGCAGUUGCCGUGGCAGCGGUAACCAGGAAACGGAGUGUGAAGCCUUUCUCCGUGAUUUCAGGGAGAACGCCUGUCUGAGAAACGCCAUCCAGGCGUUCGGUUACGGAGCCGACGGCGGCUUCCUGACGUAUACAGAGUCACACACCGCCGCCCCGCCCGAAAAACUCAACCCUCACUCCACCAUCAUCACCAAACCCGCCAUCGUUACCAACGACGUUAAACCCGUGGAGAGCGUCUGUGUCUUCUCCACCUGCGCUGAUCUCAAGGAGGAGAAGUGCUCCCCCUCCAGCACCUUUGAAUGUGCAGACGAGAACACGCUGGGCUCCAGCAUGGACGGCUCCCUCGACUCCCACCAGUCCGACGACGGCGGACACUCCUCGGCGUAUCUGACCGGCGUCUCCACGGCGACCGUGCUCCUCUCCGCGGCGCUGGCGGUCCAGGUCGUGUAAACAAGCGCGGACCAUCGGACGAACAUCGAGUCCCGACGUCGAUCUUCAUUAAUGUCCGUCUCACACUCCAUCGUUAACGAUUCACACCACGACGAGGGAGUUACAAGUCAAGCUUGAUCGGCUGCGGAUAAACCGCUGACCGGAGGAAUUUCGAGAGAACCGGGACCGACCGGUCGAGGGCAGAAGGACAUCAGGACGCUUUUCUUCGGUUUAUGUAAAUCACAGAGACGACGUUGUUGUUUAUAAUAAAGAACUCACAGCGACGUUCACCAGAAAAUGUUCCGUUCACAUCCAGUCGAGACUGAAUUCUGAGUCCAGUGCUGUUUUCCAUCCAUCAAACACAAUAAUAAUAAUAAUAAUAAUAAUAAUGAAUCUUCUUGGUGGUGCAGUUCAGCUUCACUGUAGGACCAAAAGUAUGUGGACGCCUGAUUCUGAGCUUGUCCGACUUCACAUUUUAUAAAUAAUAGGCAAUAAUAAACCGUAAAGUCGCCCCAGUUCCCAACCUUGCCCAACUAUUCUGGUAGAGCAGCUGUAGCCUGGCGGUUAAGGUACUGGACUAGUAAUCAGAAGGUUGCCGGUUCAAGCCCCACCACUACCAGGUUGCCACUGUUGGGCCCUUGAGCGAGGCCCUUAACCCUCAAUUGCUUGGACAGUAUACUGUCACAGUACUGUAAGUCACUUUGGAUAAAAGUCAAUUUAGCACAGGAGUGUGCAUGAGUAUGUGCAGGUCAGCUUUGUGCAUGUGCACUCAUGCUGGAACAGGAAAGGACCUUCCCUAAACUGUUGACAAAACCUGAAGCACAUGAGUGUGUGGCUCAGUAGUUAGGGUACUGGAAUAGUAAUCAGAGGGUUGCCGGUUCAAGCCCCACCACAGUCACUGCUGGGCUUAAAUUGCUAGAAUUGUGAGUUGCUUUUAUCCAAAAUGACUUACUGAGUACUGAGACAGUAUACAGUCUAAGGGCCUUGAUCAAGGGCCCAACAGUGGCAACCUGGCUGUAAUGGGGCCUGAACCAGCGACCUUUCGAUUGCUAGUCCACCCACAGUGGAGAAUUAAAAAUAUGAAAUAAAUUGGAUCCCCAACAGGCGGCACUAUGAUCUAUCAAGCUUUCACACUACUGCUCAUCCGGUGGUUCGGUGGAGUCCCUGCGCCGGGCGGUUCUGACAGCGUUCGAGGCGAGUGGUCCUAAUGUUCUGGCUCAUCUGUGUUUGUAUAUUUGUGUACGACAGUAAAGACUUUUAUAAAUAAACUGAGCUGAGAAACUCUGAGCCAGAAAAUGUUAAUAAUAAUUAAAUCAAUUCAUUUUAACAGGCACAUGAACACAUAAAUGCCCCCUUGUGGAGGCUUUACCUUACAUCGUGUAAACCACAGUGGGACCAGAUUGUCUCCAAGUUCAUUAAUUAAACAUAUUUUGUUUCGUGUUUUGUUUUGAUGCACCGUUUGUGUUUCCUGGGUCGAAGUUAAAAUCAUAAAUAAAAUGUGGGUCAAAAAAAAGGUGUGAAAAU